AUGCAAACAGCUGCACAUGACGAAAAGCUAUCCACAUCCAUGGAACGGAGGGCUUCUACUUGGGCUGGACUGCCUAGCGAGCUAUGGGAUGCAGUUCUCUCUCAGCUGAGCCGGUCAGACGCGGGCCCGACGGCACUGUCUCUGUCAAGAGCGCUGCCGAGAACGUCCAUCUCGACGUCACACCUCUGGCAGCAUGUCGAGCUGACGACAGCGCAACAGAUCCGAGCUCUGUCGCGGGUCAUCCACAAGGAUUCCGAGCGAAUGGAUCAGCUCAGGCAGUCUACUUGCUCGCUGCGGUCUCGCGUCUGGCUACUCGAUCCCCAUGUCCUCUGCAAUGCCGUCGCACGAUUCACAGAGCUCAAAGAGCUCGAGAUGAGCAUAGGACCCGCCUUUCCGCCGACGCCGCUCAUCGAGCUCAUGCAGCAAACCCACCAAUUCACUUCGUUGACGUCGCUCAAGCUCAUCUUCAAUAUUUACUUGGUCGAAAGGAGCUACUAUCGCUUCCUGGCGGGCAUCUACUUUGAUGGCGUGCUCAAGGAGCUAGCAAAGUGGCCAGGCACAGUGCCGCUCAAACGGCUUUCACUCAUUCAGACCAUGCCCAGAAUGACGCACGAGUUGCGCGACGGAUCAGAGGACUUGAAGCCUCUGAGCGGCGCACCUCGCACACGCUUCGCACAGCCUAUCGUAUUCUUUGAUCUACGCUGUGUUGCUGCGCUAUGCCGCAACGAGCAGCUCACGCAUCUCACUAUCCGCAUCCCGCGCCGGCGGGUCUUAGCAGUAUUGAGCGACAAUGACCCGCUCGACAAGCCGUUGCUACCCCAGUUGCGCUGUCUCGAUGUCAGCACGACGCUUGUCGAUUCUUCGGCCGGUAUGUGGCAGCUCCUCGCUCGCUUCCCACGCUUGGAGCACCUCGUCCUCGACGAGACGAAUCUCGUCACGCGCUCGACUUCAGACGAGGAGCUACAUGCCAUCGGCAAAAACUGUGCGCUUACCGGUCUGCUGCGAAUGAAGCGACUGCAGAAGCUCGUCAAGGUCUCUUAUAAUGCCUUUGUGGCUGCAUCGCCAUUCGACGUGCCAGAGCGGUUUAUCCUGCUGCCGCCUGCACCAUGCUUGCGAAGCAUUUGCGCAGGUUGCGAGGGAUUAGACGAUGCAGCGGGUCUGCAGAAGAGCUUCCACAAAGGCUGGCGAGAAGGCGCCAAUCUCGUCAGAGAUGCUGUCAGAGACAGGCUAUCUGAUCUCGAUAUCGCAUCCCGCAAGCAAAAGACGUUUGCAUUUCUCGAGUUUGCCAAUACGGAUGCAAUCAGUGACGCCGUCUACAAGAAGCCUGUGUCGAUCUGGCAGAGCUUCCUCGAUACCUGGCAGCUCGUGCCGUCGACGAUCGAACGAGCAAGAUCGCUUGACGAACGAUGGGCGACGGCAGCCUGUGUGCUCUGUCUGACGUCCGAUUGCGCACCCUCUGGCAUGUCUGCAUACGACACUGACGGCUACGAUUGCAGUCCUGAUUGGACGCGACCUCCAUCAUCUGCACAUGCACCCGGCUGCGCUCACUUGCAAUCUCACGACGAGCGAUGA